AUGUCCUCCCGCCUGGUGGUGGCCCUCAAUCGCACGGUCGUCGAGUAUUUCCGAAAGACGAGCCUCAAUGGAUUCGGUUUGCUGUACUUCAUCCGGAGACGUCGUGUGCAGCGCAUCUUUUGGUUCUCCUUCAUCUGCUGCGGCCUGAUCUUUGCGGGCUAUUCGGUAUUCGCCAUGAUACUGGAACUGCUGGACAACUCCACGAUAACAGAUCUAUCCGAGCGGGAUUUGGGGGAGAAAGGGGCGUUGACGUUGCCAUCGUUGGCGAUUUGCAGUGGCCAUAGAUUUAGUAAAAGAAAGAUGCAGGACUACACGCAGAUGCUGGCCAAUUCCAGUGGAAAACCAUUGGGUUUCUGGUGGCAAAAGAUACAUCUACUGUCGGGCUACACGGAUCCCAUGUCUGUGGACCCCGAAGAAGCCAAGGAGCUGCAAGAGUCUCUGGGAUUUAGAGAUGUACGCUCCCAGUUGAUGGAUCUAUCGACCCCCUGUGUUUCCCUGAUCCUAAAAUGUCAGCAGAAUCGUGUGACCAUCAAUUGUUCAGAGAUAUUCCAGCUUCGAGCCACUAAUCACGGCCACUGCUGUGUCUUAAGGGACGCGAAUAUCACGGGAGAGCUGUCGCUGUCGUUGGACACCUCCCAAGAAGAUGAAUUUCCAAUGGAGAAGAGCAGUUUUCCCGGUUUCCGUUUGCAUAUUUCCAGUUGGUUGGGCCGCAUAACCAUCGGCGGGGGGGAAAAGUCCCUGGUGGAAGUGAACGCCAUGGAGCUGGGGGCCAAUUCGGAGCUACGCGACUAUCCCCUGGACAGACGUGACUGUUACUUCCCGCACGAGGGUGACGGCAGGGAGAAGUGCCUGCAGGAUUGCCGGAUUAGGGCCUCUCUAAUGAAUUGUCACUGUGUGCCGUAUCCGUUCGAGAGAGAGGCGAAAUUAAAGCAAAAGUCUUGUACGCUAGAGGACAUUGCCUGCCUGCAAAUGGUUGCGGUAAAUUGGUCGCCGAACCAGUGUCCGCAGUGCCUGCCGCUCUGCAAUCAAAUGUUGUACAGUCUGCACAAAAGCCUGCUCGGACGUAUGCAUCCCUUUCGGAGUACUCUUCUGCUGCGCUUCGGGGACCCUCGCUGGAGGAUCUACUCGCAGGACAAACACUAUCAUUGGUAUCAGAUUCUGUCAAAUAUUGGCGGUGUCUUGGGCAUUUGCAUUGGCUGUUCGCUCAUCAGUGGCUUCGAGUUGAUUUACUUUAUGGUCUUUCGGUUCUGGUCACACUUUCGGCACGACCCAUCGAAUGUAUCUGUAGCCUAA